AUUUCGUAGUUUGGAAAAAGAAAACAAAUGGCUUGUGGUUCCAAAGGAUUGAGUCAGAGGUUGAUGGAAGAUAGAAUAAGCCAAUUACCAGAUCCUUUAUUGAUUCAGAUACUUAAUCAUCUUCCCACAGAGGAAGCUGUUAGGUCCAGCGUCUUAUCCUCCAGAUGGAGGCCUCUCUGGCUUUGGGUUCCUAAUUUAGAAUUCUCAUUUUCGAAAUUCCCAAGUUUCACUGCCUUUUUGAGUUUCGGUAACUGGUUUUUCGAUUCCGCUAGGGUUUCAUGCAUAGACAGCCUCAAGUUAUCUAUAGAUAGAAAUGAUGCAUUCUAUUCCUAUCUUACAUCAUGGAUUGAUGCCUUAGUUAAGCGUAAGAUCAAACAUCUAUAUGUUUAUCGUACUGUAGGUGGUUAUUCUCAUGAGAUGCCCCUAAGCCUCUAUGUUUGUGAGACAUUGGUAUCUCUAAAACUCUAUAGGCUGACUUUGGUUGAUGCUGAGUUUGUUUCUUUACCUUGCCUAAAGAUCUUGCGUUUAAAAGAUAUUGAGUUUCACAAUGAGGCUACUUUUGAGAGACUUGUCUCGUCCUGCCAUGUGCUAGAAGACUUAAAGAUUGACGUAGUAUGGAAUGAUGAGAUGUCUAUCGGGUGGCGGGUGCACUCUCGGUCACUGAAGAGAUUCUGUUUUAUACGAAGUUUUUCUCUCCGGUUUGAUUCUGUUCCGGGAGUUGUGAUUGAUGCUCCUCUACUGUGCUGUUUGAGAAUCGAUGAUUGUUUAUCACAAAGCUUUAUAGUAACCGAUCUGGAGUCCAAUGCCAAGCUAGAUAUUUCUCUCCGUUUUCGUUUGUGGGCUUUUGACGAAAGAAACAUGUUUCUCGCUUGGAUUUCGAGGGUUAGAGAUAUGACGAUAUGUGCAAACACUUUCAAGCUCAUGCAGCUUUACUCAGUAUUUAAACCGCUACCUCAAUUUGGUUACAUGUCCAGUCUAUACGUUACUCUCACUGCAUAUGAUUUGAAAUGGUUUCCAAUCUUUCUGAGUAGCCCGAAUCUGAAAUCCCUCAUCUUGGAACGGAUUGGUGGUUCUUUCCAUCAACUGUCUCCCAAGGCGAUGGAACGAGUUAGUAUUUCAUCUGUGACUGAGUGUUUGCUAUCGUCCCUCGAGUUUGUUGAUUUCAAAUCCCCAAUUUGGGAACUUGCUCCAGAAAUGAAGCUCGUAUGGUACUUCCUAGAGAAUUCUCCCACCCUCAAGAAACUCACUCUACAUUUGAAGUCUCAUUCAAUAACAGAUGACUUCAUCAAAAAACUCCUCAAAAUCCCAAGAUGCUCUACCGAAUGUGAAGUUGUCUUUCUUUGAUUGGUAAAGAGCAGAGAGAAAUGCAGGUUUAGGCUUUCUUUUAUGUUUGUUUCUUUGGAGUAAAAAUAGGGAUAAAAACUGUUUAAUGGUACCUCUGCAAGAAAAACUCUUGUUGUUGUUGUUGUUUAACAAGAAAAAC